AUGCCUGCCAACACGAUCGGUAUAGACGAUUUUUUCUGGGACGUACCGUGGGGCCGGGUGCCUUCUCACCGACUGAGUGUCAUGACCGCCGAGGCUCCCCACUGCAAACCUGGUUUACUCGGCGGCUCGUCCAAAUUGGCUGCUCUUGCUGCAAAACGAAGAAAGGAAAGAGAAGAAGCCGAGGCAGCCGCUUCCAAGUGCAACAGCGAGUCUGAAGCGGCCCUGGCUAUGCUUGACAAACUCACGGUGAGGAGCAAAGUGGGCGUGGCAACAUCCUUCCACGAUUGUUCGACUCAGGCCGCGAGACCUUCUCGUAUAUCCAAAUAUCCAAUCCGACGACGUUCGUCUUCCCCACAGCCGGUAAUUCCUGAAGAGGAGACCUCGAUGGAAGUUGAUGCUCCACAACAAGCCAUCACCACCGAUACCCCCGCCCAACGUGCAUCAGCUUCGAUAUUUGCUACCACCUUGUUUGGCCCCUGCCAAGAGAAGACUGCACCAGAAGCACAGCUUCAAGCCUUCCGGGCGCCUUAUUCCCGUUACAGGGAGUACGAUAGCUCCAAACCUUUUGCUGAGCCAAGCCCGGAUGACAUCGUGAGGGCAGCACAGGCCAAGGGUACCACCCCCAAGGAGAAGAAGAAAAGAAAAAAGAAACCACAUACUGGCGAAAUCUCCGAGUCUGUUGAGAAGCUUGUAUUGGACGAAUCAAAAGUCAAGAGUCAGAACCUCGACGUGGUGGCAGAAUUUGAGAAGAGCGAUUUGAAGCGGAUAGCGAACUUCGUCGUCAUAGGCCACGUCGACCAUGGCAAAAGCACACUCAUGGGCCGCUUGCUUUUUGAUCUCAAGGUGGUCGAUCAGCGAUCAAUAGAUAAACUUCGAAAAGAAGCCGAGUCCAUUGGCAAAUCAUCAUUCGCUCUUGCAUGGAUCAUGGACGAGACUAGCGAAGAACGAAGUCGUGGUGUCACUGUAGAUGUCGCCACAAAUUAUUUCGAAACGGAGAAGUCAUGGUUUACUAUUCUGGACGCACCGGGUCACAAGGACUUUAUUCCCAGCAUGAUAUCCGGAGCUUCCCAGGCUGACUUCCCCAUCCUUGUCAUCGACGCAAGCACGAACAGCUUCGAAUCGGGCCUGAAAGGGCAGACCAAAGAGCACAUUUUAAUUGCACGAAGUAUGGGCAUGCAGCACAUUAUUGUUGCAGUAAACAAAAUGGACACAGUCUUGUGGUCAAAAACACGAUUUGAUCACAUUGUUAAGAGUCUGACAGCCUUCCUGACUGAAGCCAGUUUCUCAGAGAAGCGUAUAACGUUUAUCCCCUUGGCUGGUCUCACCGGUGAGAAUGUCACCAAGAAAAUUGAGAAUUCGGCGGCGCAUUGGUAUGCCGGUAAAACGCUUCUCGAGGCCGUGGAAAGCAUAGAUCUCCCGGAUCGAAACAUGAAAAAGCCUCUCCGACUCUCAGUCGCUGAUGUCUUCAAAGGUGACAUGCGCUCGCCACUCAGUCUUUCUGGGCGCAUAGAAUCAGGUACUCUGCAAGUCGGAGAUGUCAUCUUGGCACUACCCUCUAACCAGACUGCCACGGUCAAGGCCAUUGAAGUCCGCGAUUCACCGGCAGAUUGGGCCGUCGCAGGACAAAUACCAACACUUCAUUUGACCGACAUCGACCCCAUCCACCUGCGACAAGGUGAUAUGGUAUGUGCGCCUCAAGCUCCCGUCAAAAUCGUCAAAGCCUUUACGUCGAAACUCCUUGCUUUUGAGCAUGUCCUGCCCAUGCCUGUGGAAGUGUUUCGGAGCACAUUGAAUUCCCCUGGCAGUGUGAGGACUCUAAGCGCAAAGCUGAACAAGUUCACUGGCGAGGUUGUCAAGAAGAAGCCCAGAAUCAUCAAGCCGGGUGAGGUGGCGAGGGUGGUGGUCGAGCUGGAGAGAGAACUGCCGAUUGAAGAGGGAAUGAGAGUGGUAAUUAGGGAGAGAGGUAGAACGGUGGGAGCAGGACUGAUGGAGAAUGUAGCUUAG